AUGGAUCGCAGUUUGGAUGAAAUCAUCGCAGAACGGCCGCAGAGGCAGAAUCGCGGCCAGAACAGAGGUCCACGCAACCAAGGUCGCCGCUCCAACGGCGUAAAAAAGCCUUAUCGAGAUGAACGUGUUGAUUUGGACCUUGAUUGGGUUCAUGAUAAAUAUGAAGACGAUCGAGACACACGUCCUUCACGUGGCGGACGACGGCCUCGCGUAGACCGAUACUCCCCGUCCCCGGACCGUAGUGCGUCUGCGGGUACCAGACUUCGCAUUGAGAAUCUCCACUACGAUAUCACAGAGACCGACCUUGAAGAGUUAUUCUCCCGCAUUGGGCCAAUCUCAAAUGUAUCCCUUGUCUAUGAUCGAGCUGGACGCUCCGAAGGCGUCGCCUACGUUACGUACAGCCGUUACAACGAUGCGAAAACCGCGAUAGCUGAAUUCGACGGCGCCAACGCCAAGGGGCAACCGAUCCGCAUUUCUAUCACUUCCUCCGGCCCGCGACGAGACCGGAAUCCCUUUGAUACCGCUGAAAAGCCAAGGGGCAGUCUCUUUGACCGUGUUGAAAGACCCCGCGAUGCUCGCAGUUUAAGUCCUGAGAGUCGAAGCGAAAGCGCUGAGGGCGCCGGACGCCGUCGUCGCCGUCGCGGAGGCGGUGGUGGAAACUACCGUCGCAGCGACGUUUCGAAGCCCGCCCCCGACCACAUUGAUCGCUAUAUUCCGGGCCAACAAGCCCCAGCUCGCCGCGCUGGUGGUGGCCGACGACAGGGCGGCGAUGGUCGUCGUGGAAACCCACGACCCAAGAAGACGCAGGAGGAACUCGACCAGGAGAUGGAGGAUUACUGGGGUUCCAAUGCUGCUGCUGAGACAGCUGAGCAGGCUGCUGCUCCGGAACAAACAGCAGCAGAACCCGCGCCUGCUGCCUCUGCCGUUGCUGCGCCUGCUGCGGCGGCGGCACCGGCUGCUGAUGAUGAUAUUGACAUGAUUGAAUAG